GCGAAAUAUCAACAAUGGCCCAGAUCUGUAGGCGGCGGCCAACUUUGUAAAUUUGUGUAUAUUUUUCCCGGUUUUUUUUGUCUCUUUGCCAACCCGUAAAAUGGAACCCAUGACUCUAGGCAGUCCCGUCAACAGCCCCAACAGCAACCAGGGCCAGUACCUGCCCCCGUUCCUGAUGGGUGAUCCCCAGGCCAUGACGCCGCACAAGAACACGCUCUCCCCGAAGCCUGGACGCUACAACGUUAGCUUCGCCACAUCGCCCACCGGCUCAGCGUCGCACGACUUCAACCGGUCCGGGAUCAACACGUUCUUCGGCCCGGGAGGCGGCAGCGGCGGUCCACAUGGCUCCGGGGGCCAGGGCUCAAACUCGGCCGUGUCCAUGUCGGCAGUCAGCAGCCACAACCACCAGACCGGGCCACCGACCCAGGGGCUGUUCGAGUCGCUGAGGGAGCAGUCGCCGUACACCCCGCAGCGCCAUCAUCUGAGCCUGCUGAAUCAGUCGCAGAACCUGAGCCUGAACCAGAGCCAAAUUCCAUACCAGAAAUCCUACAGCAACGAAUCGUUCGUGCAAAUCACGCAAAAUAACAUCAACGCCUCGAUGCGGGGCCUCUACUCGCCGCUGGGCGCCCCGAUGUCGCCUCUGGGCGGUGGUGGGCAAUGCGGCGGUGUCGACGGCGUCAGCAGCCCGAGGUCCGGUGACUUCUGGGUAACAAUCUUCGGCUACGUGCCGGGCAGCAGCUCAAUGGUGCUGCAGCACUUUACGCUCUGCGGCACCAUUGUGGAGGUGUCGCAUGCCCCAAAGAAUGGCAACUGGAUGCACGUGCGCUUCUCCUCGCGCAUCGAGAGCGACAAGGCGCUCAACUUUAACCAGAAGGUGAUCGGCGGCAAUGUGAUGGUGGGCGUCACCAGCUGCACGGAAAAGUCCAUUGUCGACAAGGAGAACUGCAAUGCGUCGUUGUCGACGUCAUCGCUGAACGCUGGAGAGCAGAUGCAGAGCCCAAAAUCGCCAAGAAUCCGUCCCUUUGUGCAGCAAUCCUACAAGUUGGCCCAGAACGAUGCAAAGGUUGUGCCGGCUAAAGAUGUGCCCACAAAGAGCAGCGGGCUGGUCGACAAGGCAAUGGAUCUCCUUUUUGGCUGGUGAGGAAGCAGCCGAACAGCACGAGCAUGAUAGCAUGAGAGCAUGAGCAUGAUCAUGGGCAGGCAGGCAGCAGCACUACCCACAUCUUCCCUAGAAAAUGCAAUCUACAAUGGAGUUUGGUUUUUGUUUUUGUUUAGGGGGCCCGGAGACGGCUCGCGUUCCAUUAACUUAUUUACUUCUUAAACACUGCGUAAAUCCUAUACUGCAUACAUACAUACA